AUGGUAGAAAGGUUAAUUGCAAGAUCUCUGAGUAUUGACAGUAUUGAAACGCAAAUUUUAAGGUUUUUCUCAGGGGAUAUAGGGUUACAAACUGUGUUACUGGAGUUUCAAAAGGGUCCUCGUGCUUUUGUCAUAUGCCUAGACAUAAUCAACAAGCAUUGUAAAGAAUUUUCCAGUAAAUCACUCCCACUAAUCCUAUUUUGCUCCCAAACUUUGGUAGAAUGUGAUCAUAUUUACUCGCUCUGCAGAUUAGUUUCGGAUGGCCAAGCACAAGAUUUGGAUAAGAGUGAUGCCACUAAGCUGGAUACGGAAAGGGAAGAAACAAUUGAGAAGUUGGAAAGGGUGAUAAAUUUGUUGGAACAGCUAAAUAAGGUUAAUCCUCAGAUUUUUCCAUCAUUGCGAUUUUUGUUGUGUGCCUGGCUUAGACUUAAAUUGUUUGACAAUUGGUCCAAGGGGAUUACAUUUGAAAUUAUACAAUUUGUGGGUACUUUCCAAUCAAACCGUCAGUUUCAAAUUGAAUUACUUGCCAUUUUGGCCCAAGAGAUAUGCAAUGACAAGUUCAUACUGAGUAUUGCUCGGCGUAAUGAACUGGCAAAGAAUUGUAUAUCUCAGGCCCCGAUGGUUUUUAAAUUUUUAGGGGUAAAAGAUUCAUCGAUUGGCUCGGUCUAUUCUGAUUGGAUCCAAUUGCAUGUUAAAUAUCUGGACAGUAUUGUGGAUGAGGAACAAUGUGAAUUACCUAGUGAUGUUGAUUUAAUGGUUAAAUUAUCACUUUCAACACUUAUAUCGUUAAAUUUGAUCGAUAAACUGUUUGAACAAUCGCCAUUGCCUAUUCAUACAAUUACCAACCUGAUUGUCUUAUGCCCAUUAGAUAACCACACUGCUUUACAAGAUGAUUGUGACAUGAUCAAUCCGCUAGUUAACGAGAUACUCACCCUCAUAAUUUGCAACCUGUCCAAAUUGUACAAGAUACAAUCGCCCUUAUUUAAAACAACCUCGCCUAUACUACUUUCGCUCUCAUAUGAACAAUUGCCAUAUUUAAUAGAACAUCAGUUUAGCGAAGACAUAGACAAUAUUUUGGACGGCACAAUACGCAUUUUAUCGAAUGGUGAUUAUCCCACUAGGGAUGUUAUGGUUAACUUUUGGAUUAAUCUUAAGCGCAAUAUAAAUACACAGAAUGGAUGGGAAAAAUUGGCGGAUUAUUUGCAAAAGAUAGUUAUUGUUUUUUAUGAAAUGCCAUUGUAUGAAACCGAGAAAUAUGAUUUUGCCGAGCUUUGCUCAUUUCGUGAAAGCGCUUCAAUGCUUUUAUUUGAAAUAGCAGACGCUAUUGGUCACCAAUUCAUAUUUGAUAUUGUGGAAUGUAGGCUACAGGUAUUAGUUGAAACGAUAAAUUUAAAAGAACAGAUCACAGUGUCUUUUAGUGAAAUUGAGUCUAUCUUUUUCAUACUGAGUGCAAUAUCCAGCAAUGCAGAGAUGGGUAAGGAUACUUGUAUACCUACGGCGCUGGCACUAUUGAAUAAAUUAAAGUACCCAACACAAGGAUCGUUGUCACUGUUAUUGUCAAUUUCAAUUGGCCGGUUGAUAUUGUGGACCGCAGAGUAUAGCGGCAAAAAGACCGAUUUAUUUAACUGUUUAUUCAUGUUAAUCAUCGGAACUUUAUUGCCAUCGAUAUUGAGAAUCAAAAAUAAUUCUGCUAGUAAAGGUAUGUAUUAUUAUUUGCUAGGUGAAAACAUAUUAAUUGAUGCUAUGCUCGCACUAUCGCGUACCUCAAGGAAAAUAGUAUCAGAAGAUACUCAGGAGGUCAAAAAAUAUCUAAUUUGCAUAUAUCAAAUCAUUAAAAACGUACAAUUCUCCAUUGAAAAUCGUAUCAAAGCUGUUAACGCCGCCGGGGCUAUUAUCUCUUACAUGCCUAUCGCGGAAAUGAAAACUUUAUUCUCAGAUCUAAUAGAAAAUUUGUCUAACAAUAUUAAGAGUGUUAGCAAUCCCACUGACUACAUACAAUUAUAUCUAAUGGCCAUGCAAUCUGUCUGCCCAAUUCCUGAUUGCAUAGAAUCUGAGGUGGCCAUUCUUAAGAUUGUAGAGAAGCAUGUAAGCGUAAUGGAGCUGUUAUUUACGAGUUCAAAUGAGGAUAUUAUUGAACGUUUAUCUCAAGUAUUAGUUGUUGUCAACCGAAUUUCAAGGAACCAUAGCGAAGCUUCCCCCCUUUUCCUUUGGACACUAAAGCUCCUCAGCGUAUCAUUCAGGUGCUCACAUCCAUCUCAUCCAUACUCAGCUCUCAGAUCUAUUUUAAUCAACGUCAAUGAUUGUUCAGUUGAAAACUGGGCCAGUAUCAGUAACUCAUUGUUGCCUUCACUAGCAAUGCUUAAAGAUUCAAUUGUAUCAUGCUGCGUGGGUGACAAGGAUAGGAAUUUGUUGCAGCAACAAAUGAGCGAUUUGACUAUGGAUUUCAACACUUCACAAUUGCUUAGUGCCCCUGAUAGCGUGGGAUUGUGCGUGGAUUGUCUUAAUGUAGCUCUUAAUCGCCAUGAAAUUGCAAACUUUCUAUUGGAUAAAUCGAAAUUUAUAAUUUUCCUAGAAUCUUUAUUGAUAAUUCUCCCUUACAUCGUACACCCUAAAGUGUUACAUGCAUGCAUGAUAUUGAUCAAGUUGGUGGCUUCAAUUGACAUGAAUGAAGCGAGUGGUAAUGAUUAUUCGGAUAGUGCCGUAAUAGGCACUAGUGUAUACGCAAAGAAAAUAAGGUUGCUAAACAUCAUAUCCCAACGUUGCAACGAAUCAAGUGAUGAAAUACAUACUAUUACCUUCAAAAUUGUUACAGCAAUAUUGUCAACCGUAAUCAGUGGUACAUGCGGGGUGGAGACCUGGAUAGACGUGGCAGCUGAGACUAUUUUGGCACUUAUGUGCGAUGGAAAAACUGCUGAUGAGGCAAAAAAUGCCAUUGAUUCUUUCUUUGAAAUGAUUUCCGAACCAUCAAUUAAUGUAACAAUUAAAAAUGAUUACUGUAAUAAAUUGAAGGUGCCAAAUACUCUAUUCCAAGCGCUGCUUCAAUUGGAAGGAUGGAAGUUGUGGAAGAAGUGUUAA